ACACGCCAUUUUGGCUCACAUGUGACAUUUGCGGAAGACCUUCGAUGAGCGGCCGGCGAAAUUGGGAUCCGAGCACAGAUAUUUCUUCCGGGUUUCUCCACUGUGAACCACCCGAAGGUCGUGUGUUUUCUGACUAUGGCCGCCUCGUUGGUGUUCAGGAGAUGGUGCUCCACAACUGUAGCAGAGACAGUAAUCCCAAGUAAGGGCACGCGAUGGCAACGUUUUCGGAAAAGCCGUGUGGGUGUAUGGUGCAGCGGCCUGCUUGGCGACUACAAGGAGGCAUGCCGUGAGAUAGUUGUGGGCGCCUGGGAGCGCCCAGUAAAAGCAAGUGCCUACCUCAGCCUGCUGGGGGGCGUCUGGGCCUCCUUCUACACCAAUCCCUCCGAGGACUCCUUCGAGGCAGACCUGAUGGACAUGGCCAGCCAGCUGGGCCUCCUCUCGCCGUGGACCCGCAAUGGCGUGUCGGACGGUCACGUGCAGAAGCUGUCCAAGCUCCACAGUGAGGGAUGCCUGCGCUACGUCAGCCUGGGUGUGGCCUCGCUGACGUACCGGGCUGACUAUGACCCAGACUCCAGCUUGUACGAGGCCCGCUGCUCUGCCCUGACUGUGCCCUUGCGGGAGCUGACCGAGAGGCUGCUAGACGUGGGGUUCGCUGGCCGCUGGUGGGUGCUGGACACUAAGAUGAAAGAAUACGAUGUGAACGACGAGGAAUUCCGCCACCUGCCUCCGGGGCUCCUUGACACGGUGGUACCGUCGCCCCAGGUGACGGAGCAGAACGAGCAGCUGCACAAGGACUCCUGGAAGCAUGUCAUCGUGCUGGAGGAGGACGAGGAGGAGGGGAAGAGGCUUGCGGAGCAGAUAGAGGAAGGUGGACGGGGAGGGACUCAGAGUGAUGCUGUGGGAGAGACUCAGCAACAGACACAGACCUAAAUCUGUCCCCCAAAGGAUGCCCAAUGAAGUAAACGCUAUCAGUCAGCUUACCUGCUGAUUGACUUACAGACAAUCGUGAGGGCAGAUGGGAAAGGUUUACACAAUGUUCUCAUGCUUAUAUUCAGAGAAAGAGGGAAAAAAGGAUGAGAGAGAGAGAUAGGACUACACUAGACAGACUAUCCAUGCCUUCAGAUAGCCUAUGGGGCAAUAAUAUGGGAGACUAUUCUUACAGUUCUACAGCAGUCUGUUAGUAGAAAAUGUGGGAAUGUUACUGGAGAUUACUUAAGCAAGCAAAUUUCGAUUGGCAACGCAGUCAAUUUAUUCUAUUUCAUUACUUGACAUGUUCAGUAUUAGGUUGUGUCAUAAUCUGCCAUCUUUGUAAUGGGUUUCUAUAUCUUCUGUCAUUUACCAAAGUGUCAGCACCUGCUGUGCAGCCUCCACAGUUGAACUAUUAGGCAGAUAGGAUGGGUGAAGAAAGCAGAGAGAGGCUGUAAUGUUACACUUCUCUGAGAUGAAUUAGAAAAUACAAUUGACAUGUUUCAAAACGGCUAUCUAAGAAACAGAUGAGAAGAGAUACUGAUGGGAGCUUAGAUUUGGAGGAGGAACCCAAUAAAGUAUCUCACUAACAGA